GCGGAUGCAUCAGACGCGUGGCGACAUGUGUGACUGAAUGGGCAGUUGUGGAAAAUUAAUGAAAAAAAAAAAACAAACAAAAAAAUUGAGUCACGCUGUUCAAUUUUUUCUUUGAUGCAUUCAUCAUCACCAUCAAGACAUCAAGUUGGGACGUUCUUCUCUGCUGCAAGGGUCUAAAAAGUCAGUGCAGUGAAAACGGACGAUCCGAAGAAUAUUACCCUCUCACAUCUCUCUAUAACAUUAAUCGUCAGUAAGAUAAACCUCUAUCACCAAUUUCUCUCUGUUUCUUUUCUGGGGUUUUAAGGUUGUUUUUUUGGUUGUGGUUGUUGUUGUGUCUCAAUCUCCAUGAUCAGUUUGAUCUUAUGUCAAUGAAGAAUUUUUAGACAAAAACCCAGAUUCACGAAAAAACCUUAAAGCGGAGAAAAAGACAGCGACUUUUCAUCUCUACGCAAGUGAUUAUGGCGGUUGCUGAGAAUGUUGGGGCCAAAAUCGGUUCUUCGAGUCAGAGUUUGGACAGCGGUGUAGUGUCUGCGGAUUCGAGUGAGGUCGAGAAAUCGAAAACUCGAAGCGAUCAGAAUCUGACCAACGGUGUGUUUACCCAUCAACAGCAUCCAGAGAGAGUUCCCAGCUCUAUGACAGUUCCUAAUGGAAAUUACAGCUACAAUACUCAGAUGCACGGAAAUGGGGUGAACAACGAUGGGUAUGGGAUGAAUGGGGUUAUGAGUGGGGAGAAUGGGGGUGACAGUUUCAAGCGUGACAUGAGGGAUUUGGAAGAGCUUUUAUCAAAGCUGAACCCCAUGGCCGAGGAAUUUGUGCCCCCAUCACUAACCAAUACUCAUGGCUUUUUAGCUGGACCUAAUACUGGGUUUGGUUACACUAACAAUUUUAUGCUGCCUAAUAACUUUGGCAGUGCUAAUGGACAAAUUAACAAUAGAAGGAGGAAGAAUGGCUAUAAUCCUGGGAAGCGAAGAGUGAAUCAUAAAAUGGAUAUGGAGAAAAGAGAAGAGAUGAUUCGGAGGACCGUUUAUGUGUCUGACAUUGAUCAACUGGUUACUGAAGAGCAGCUGGCUGCUCUCUUUCUCAACUGUGGCCAGGUUGUUGAUUGCCGCGUAUGUGGAGAUCCUAAUUCUAUUCUUCGAUUUGCCUUUAUUGAGUUUACAGAUGAAGAUGGAGCAAGGGCUGCCUUGAGCCUGUCUGGUACCAUGCUUGGAUAUUACCCGCUGAGAGUGCUGCCUUCAAAAACUGCCAUUGCACCUGUGAAUCCAACAUUUUUGCCUAGGUCUGAAGAUGAAAGGGAAAUGUGCUCAAGAACAAUUUAUUGCACAAAUAUCGACAAGAAGCUUACUCAAGCAGAUGUCAAACACUUCUUUGAAUCUAUUUGUGGAGAGGUUCAACGCUUGAGGCUUCUUGGGGAUUACCAUCAUUCAACUCGAAUUGCAUUUGUUGAGUUUGCACUGGCUGAGAGUGCAAUUGCUGCACUGAGCUGUAGUGGUGUUAUUUUGGGUUCACUGCCUAUAAGGGUAAGUCCGUCAAAGACACCUGUCCGUCCUCGCGCUCCCCGAUCCUCCAUCCACUGAAUCGUCCUUUUGCAUGUUUCUGGGGUUGCUGGUGCUCGGAGAUAUAUUUACAUAUAUACAUACAUAGAAACAGAUAUAUUCUAAGGUACCUGUGGCGUUUUGUUGAUACUUUUGUCCUUGAUGAGACUUGCAGUAUGGUAUCUUUGUUUUCUGUUGGGAUCGUGGAUUAUGUGUUUAGAUGUAGAGUUGGGUGGCGUUUUGAGGAUCUCUAAGGCUUAAUUUAUGAUGGGUUGAUCUUGCAAGGAGAAAAUUUUAUAGUUGGAUUUUUCUAACAUCUGGAAUUUACUUCAAGAAACAUCUUACAAAGCCUUUGUUUUAGUUA